UCGGAGCGGAAGCGGCGGCGGUGGCUCCUGUGAGCAGAGAGGGUUGGCUGGUUCCCAUCUUAACGUUCUCUUGGCGAAGCGGCAUCUGCGAGGCAGGGGUGUCCACCAUGUUCUCCUUCAACAUGUUCGACCACCCAAUUCCCCGGGUCUUCCAGAACCGCUUCUCCACGCAGUACCGCUGCUUCUCCGUGUCCAUGCUCGCAGGGCCUAAUGACAGGUCAGAUGUGGAGAAAGGAGGGAAGAUAAUUAUGCCGCCCUCAGCCCUCGAUCAACUCAGCCGACUCAACAUUACGUACCCCAUGCUGUUCAAACUGACCAACAAGAACUCGGACCGCAUGACGCACUGCGGUGUGCUGGAGUUUGUGGCUGAUGAGGGCAUCUGCUACCUCCCACACUGGAUGAUGCAGAAUUUGCUGUUGGAAGAAGGGGGCUUGGUUCAGGUGGAGAGUGUCAACCUUCAAGUGGCCACGUACUCCAAAUUCCAGCCUCAGAGCCCUGACUUCCUGGACAUCACCAACCCCAAAGCAGUAUUAGAAAACGCCUUGAGAAACUUUGCCUGUCUGACUACAGGGGAUGUGAUUGCCAUCAACUACAAUGAGAAGAUCUAUGAACUACGGGUGAUGGAGACGAAGCCUGAUAAGGCCGUGUCCAUCAUUGAGUGUGACAUGAACGUGGACUUCGAUGCCCCCCUGGGCUAUAAGGAGCCUGAAAGACAAGUCCAGCAUGAGGAGUCCGCCGAGGGCGAAGCUGACCACAGCGGCUAUGCUGGAGAGCUGGGCUUCCGUGCCUUCUCCGGCUCCGGGAAUAGACUGGAUGGGAAGAAGAAAGGUGUAGAACCCAGCCCCUCCCCAAUCAAGCCUGGAGACAUUAAAAGAGGAAUUCCCAAUUAUGAAUUUAAACUUGGUAAGAUCACUUUCAUCAGAAAUUCACGUCCACUGGUCAAAAAGGUUGAAGAGGAUGAAGCUGGAGGCAGAUUCGUCGCUUUCUCUGGAGAAGGACAGUCGUUGCGUAAAAAGGGAAGAAAGCCAUAAGUUGGGACUGUUGGCUGAUUGGAAAAUAAAAUAAUCAAUUGCAA